AUGGGGAUCCUCCCUGAAAACCGGACCGGCUCGGUGCUGGCGGUGAACGGCUCAGCCCGCCCCAGUCCCAGCCCGAGCCGGACCAUUGCCCUGGGGCUAACGCUGGGCUCGUUCAUCCUGUUCGCCCUGCUGGGGAACGUUCUGGUGGUCCUGUCGGUGGUCUGCCACCGGCCCCUGCAGACGGUCACCAAUUACUUCACCGUUAACCUGGCGGUGGCCGACCUCUUGCUGAGCUGCAGCGUGUUGCCGCUGUCCGCCUGGCUCGAGGUGCAGGGCCACUGGCCACUCGGCCGGCUCCUGUGUGAUAUCUGGGCAGCCCUGGACGUCCUCUGCUCCACCGCCUCCAUCCUCAGCCUCUGUGUCAUCUCCAUCGAGCGCUACAUCGGGGUCAGUUACCCACUGCGGCACCCGGCCAUCGUGACCCAGAGGAAGGCUCUGCUCACCCUCCUGGGCGUCUGGACCCUGGCUCUGGCCAUCUCGGUGGGUCCCCUCCUGGGCUGGAAGGAGCCCGCGCCCCCCGACCACACGGUCUGCCGAGUGACCGAGGAGCCCGGCUACGUCCUGUUCUCGGCCCUGGGAUCCUUCUACGCGCCCCUGGCCGUCAUCCUGGUCAUGUACUGCCGGGUCUACAUCGUGGCGAGGCGCGAAACCAGGAGCCUGGAAGAGGGCAGGAAGAGGGAGAGAUCCAAGGGGACUGGGGACCCGGUAACGCUGCGCAUCCACCGGCCGGAGAAGAGGGCUGACCCACUGGACCAGACCCAGAGCCACCCCCAGGGCCGGGGGACCCAGCUGAAGACUCAGUUCUCCGUGCUCCUCCUCAAGUUCAGGCGGCAGAAGAAAGCGGCCAAGACCCUGGGGAUAGUGGUCGGAGGCUUCAUCCUCUGCUGGCUCCCAUUCUUCGUGGUCCUGCCCUUAGGUUCCUUCUUCCCAAAGUACAAAGCCCCAGAGACCAUCUUCAAAAUAACAUUUUGGCUUGGCUAUUUUAACAGCUGCAUAAACCCCAUCAUCUACCCGGCUGCAAACAAAGAAUUUAGGAAGGCAUUCCAAAACAUCUUGAAGGGUCAAUGCUGCCACAGGAAAAAGGCAUCGUUUCACCCUUCCUUGAGCAACAGUCACAGUACAGAGGGGCAAAAAAAUGUGGUACGCAUUCCUGUUGGGUCCAGGGAGACCUUCUUCAAGAUCUCCAAGUCUGACCGAGACUGUGAAUGGAAAUUGUUUUGCACCCUGCCAGAUCAUGGAACAGAGAACAACAGCAGGCAUCUCAAUGGGAGAGGCAGGACAAUUCUGCACUGCUGCUGCACCGAUGCCAAUGUACCUAAUGAUGAGACUGGGUACAGUGCACCAGGUUUGAAAACUCAUGCUUAUUCGGUUGGCGAUUACGGUGAUCCUGUGUGAUCCAGUGGCUCCCGUCUUGACAAGACACUUCCCAGUGGGGCACACCACCAAUUCCACAGCUUGACAGAAAUUUGCAACUUGGCGUUUCAAUUAUGUUCAUCCAUCAUCACUACCAUCCCCAAACGUUUACUCACCCACUUGCGCACACAAUGCUGACCAUCUUUGAGAAGCCGAGGUAGGUUCAGAAUGAUGCUUCGGGUAUCGUUGGGAUGGAUCCCCAAUAUAGAUACGGUCCACUCCUGACAAGAUAAUCAAAGACAGAUUCAGUCAUUUGAAGAAAAAUUGCACAGACCCUUAACAAUGACAGAUAAUCCCUCAAUUUUGCACAGAGUCAAUUGAAAUGUGAAAUACCUGUCGUUCUACACUAUUUAAUGGAUGUUGGUUUGACUUCCCAAUUACCUAUUUUAAAAUGUUGUGCCAACGCAUUUCUGAUGGGGAUUAAACACAUUUGGAAUUAAAUCAAGUGCAGCAAGCUGUACAGACUCAAAGUCCAGGAAAACUCGUUUCCUUUUCAGCGAUUUACACGUUUAAGGUAAAAAAAAAUUGCCAUGUGCAUUAAGUCUAAGGUGAUGUGAACGUUUUCUAAGACAAGAUGAUGAACAAAGGUACUUCAAGGGAUGAUAUUUUACUUCACAGUAAAGAGCUCGAAAUCCAUCACCUUUGACUUCAUGACAACAUUCAAGUCAAGGUGACAGUUAUUUGUUUAUUUCUUGGAAAUAAAUGGCUUUAUAAAAUAGCACUCAUGAGACACAGCAAUGACAGAAACUCUGAGAUUUUUUGGGGGAAAUAAGAAUGCCCUGUCUUCACCAACCUCAAAUUGUUUUGCAAAAUGACAAACGUUUUUACAUGAAGAGUAUGCCAAACCAGAGUAUACAAACAAAAUGUGGUUCUUUAGAUUGUAAGAAACUCAAUGUGUAAAAGUCAGAUUGCCAAACGAGACAUAUGAUCUCGUUUUUUUCUCUCUCCUGAUUUUGGGUUGUGUUGCAAUGCAAUGAGUCUGACUUGUUCACUUUCGUGCUUAGCAAAUUCCUUCAGACUAUUUUCCUCUCCAUUGUUUGAUCUCUACAGACUAGGUUCUAGUUUCUGCUGAUCUGUCCUCAGCUUUGACCAUGUUUCAGGGAGACUGAACAGUAGGACCCAAGAAUGAAUUGCCCUGAUAGUAACUGGGUGAUUGAUAUUAAGUUUACAGUCUUUGCACGGAGUCGGAUGAUGUAAUCGACAGCCAUGGGACUGGGGAAGGUGGGGGAGUGGGGGGCAGAGGAAGAGAGAGAGCGAGAGAGAGAGCAAAACAGAAAUAGCUAACCGACCAUUCACAUCUUCCAGCGAGCAAGGACCAAGACUGUGUCAAAUCCCAUUCCACAGAUGAAAUAGACUGCUAACACUCACUAUGAAAGUUCACACAUGAAGAACAGUGAAAUGAUAAAGGACUGCUGAAAAUGGCCAUGUGUCCAAUUAGAUUCAAGCACAAUUUGUGUAAAGUUUGGCCAGAGUCUAAACAGAUGAGCAGACAAACUGGAGUGUUUUAGGAAAGUGAAAAAAGAACUCAGCAUUAACAUUUACCCAAGCUCUACUUGAAGCAGUUGAGCAUUACAUCUCGAGAACUAUAUUAAAGCCCAAAGGAAUGCAACGCAGAUUUACUAGUAUGAUGAUUGGAUUCCAUGGAUCAACUUACUUUGAUAAAGUACACAAAUCAAUCUUGUAGUCCCCAGAAUUUAAAAGGGUAAAGGGUGAUUUGUUUCAAGAUUUCCAUCUAGUAAUGGAAACAGAUAAUAUUUCAGCUGGUUGGGGAAUUGAAGACAAGAGUGCAUAGUCUGAAAAUUCAAACCAGCCCAGGAAUGAAAUGAGCAAAGAUUGGUGAAAAAAAUUGCAAAAUCAUGCUAUAUGAAUUGUUAAUUUUAAAUCAAAAAUUCAUCCUAUAGCCUUGUUUACCCUGGGCUUCUGGAGUUAGGUCAUAGAGUUAGAUCAUCCAUGAUCUCCUUGAAUGACAGCACAGGACCAAGGAACUAAUGACCUACCCUGUCUGUAUGUACCUGUGCUGAAUUUGGCCUCUGGAAAGAAAUUAACCCUGCCCCAAAUGCCAACUGCACUUGUCACUAUGUGGAACUGGGUAGCUAAACAUCUUGCAAGACUUUUCUCAAUCUUGUCAGACCUGUGAAUAUGUUUCUAAAUUCCUUUCUUGAUUCACCCUGUCAUACUGCUGCGCAACUACACCAUUGACUCCAAUCUUUGCAUGCUCAUGUUAUUGCUUUCCUCUGCUUGAUUGUUCUUUUCUGACUGUCCAGCUUGGUGAAAAUCCUUGCUUCUUAGGUUCUGCUUUCCUCUAACUUCUAAACUUCCCACUUGUCAUCACUUGUUCAGUACUUCCUGACUGAGUCCAUUUUGCAUGCCACUCUGCUUUCUGUCUUUAGUUUCAUGUUCUCAAUUUAACAAUUUUUUUUUAAAAA